AUGACGGAAAUGGAAAGGAAAGCUGUGACGAUCGUCGGCUAUCAGCUGGGACUGCUACUGCUGCUGAUGACCGUGACGUUGGCGUCCGCCAUUCAAAUCGAUAAUCGUCUCGUACAACCCCAACAUGACUGCUUCGAGCGGAUAGCGCUCGGUGCGAUGCUGCCGUUCGAGAAGACGUUCCGCAACUCGGACACAAACUCGCUGAAGAUCUGCGAAACGCUCUGCCUCAACGACAAGGAAUGUCAAACGUUUGCCUUCGGGAUUUCCGGUAGAGGAAAUGGAACGUGUCAACUGUCGGCGAACACGAUCGACGCCACCAAGUCGCGUCCGGUCGGGACCAUCUUCGAUCCGGACUUUGAUCUGUACACGCGGAAGUACAACUGUUUUUUAGAUGGACCCACAAAUCCUCCGCCCAAACCGGGAGGCCUGGGCGUCUUCCCGGGUGGUGAGUUUCCUCCAGGAGGAGGUCCACCCGGUUCUCAGCGACCACCACCACCGUCCGGUGGCUCGUUCCCUCCGCCGGGCAUCAUUGAUCGACCGGGACCGCCGGUUUUUGGGCCACCGUCCCCCGGGGUGGGACCAACCGGUGGCAUUGACCCACCAACGACGGCCAACGGUGGUUUUGUUGACACUUCCCGACCCAACGGUGAUUACGGUGGGACGGCCCCGACCAGUGGAAGUACCGCACCGGGGACAACCUACGGACAAACCAACGGCGAAACGCUACCUGAAACGACGGCUCCGGCGGAAGAGUACUACACGACCAAAGACAACGGCCACUCGACCGGCGGAGGCAAUCCGUAUCUGCCGACGAGCACGGCGGCGGCAACAGGACCCAAUUACGGGCUGGGAGCACCCGGCCAAACCGGCGCGACGAUGCCCGAUCGGGAGAAUCCCAGCAAGUAUCCGCUGGAGUUGAGACCACCGUACGGACAGAGUGCUCCCGGACCCGGUGGUCCUUCGAAACCCGGCACCUAUCCGUACCAGUUCCCGAUGCUGUACGAAACGAACUAUCCGCUGCCGAACAAGCAGACAAACUCUGGGUACCCCGAGAUCUACGCUCAGAACGUGCCGACCCUGGACAACAACUACCUGCGCCCGGAGUACGGUGGAACAAGCUUCGGCAGGCCGCUAGGACCAUCCGGAAGUACGCCGCCGAUCGAGAAUGGUUACGGUGGGGUGCAACGACCGAGCGCCGGUGGAACCAUUGGCUACGGUACCGGUGGUGGAUCCGUGGUGCUUCAGAAACCAUCGUCCCCAGGAGGUGGUAGUGCUUCCGGUACCGGAUACGGUCCCGGUCCUGUGCGUCCUUCCGGUCCCACCGGGCCCACAAGCACCGGCUACGGUGUGGUACGUCCGGCUCCUGCGCCUCCCGUUCAACCAUCGGCGGGCGGCAGCUAUCAUCAAGCCAACGGCCCUGACCAACAUAAGCCCCCGGCUGUCCACAAGCGCCCUUGCUACCGUCGGGUGCUGGCUGGGAAGCGGGUCGCCCCGCAAUGGGUCCGCCGGACGUUGAUUUGUGAGCGCGUCGAGGACUGUCAGCGCGAGUGCGGCGACGAGAGGCGCUUUUCUUGUGAAGGGUUCAACUAUCGCCUCGAUCCAACGGGCCGCGGACAGGGUGACUGCGAGCUGAUCGACCAGCCGCUGUCGCAGAUCGACCUCUACUCCAGUUCACACCAGCGCGAUUCGAACCUGAUCCGCGAUGCCGACUACGACUACUACGAGCGGGACCGCAGUGCGACGGCCAACUGCCGGCCGACGUGCAAGGACUGCGUGCUGAAGCCGUUCCGACCAGCGCUGGAGUUCGUCCGGCCGACCACCUACCGUCCAUCGCACCAUCCGGAAAGCUACAAACCGUACCCGUCGGAGUACGAGGAGGAUCACUACAAACCGGCGAUCACGGCGAUCGACAAGUAUCGGCCACCGAUGUAUUCCCGGCCCGAGUUCGAGCGCUACAGCCCUUCGUCGGGCUACUUCCCACCGCCACCUCCAGUUGAUUCGUAUCGACCCUCGUUGAGCUUCAAACCACAGUAUGGCGCCGAGAUCGAUCGCUACGGAACGCUCGAACACGGUGGUAUCUACAAACCAACGUACGACCGUCACGAAUAUCCGCAUCGGCCACUCUUGCCCCACCACGAGGAGUUGCGUCCGCUGCAUCGACCGCGCCACCCGUACGAAGACCGCGAUCCGCCAGCGACAGCGCCCGUGUCCACGUCGCAACAGUACGGAAACGGUAAGCCGGCCACCUUCAUCCCGUACCUGAUCGGUCAGAGCAUCCACAAGAACGGCGGGGUCUACGGUGGUUCGUACGGCGGCGGAGGCGACUCGUACAAGUCGAUCUCCGACUACUGGGGACUGCGGAACGAGAUCAAGCGCUACGACAGCCCGGCCUUCAACUACUUCGAGCUGCGCAACGAUCGCGAUCACUUCGACGACAACAGCGUGUGGAGCUACGGGGGCACCAAGUACGGGUACGAUCCGGACCCAUCGUACCACCCGUCGGUGGUGCCGUACGAGCGAGACCACCAGCCGCCACCCCCGCCGUCGGCACCCACCGUCUUCGUGGACCGGGGACACUUCGGGCAGCAGUGGAUCCGCCGGCCAAGCCACGAAGAGUGCUCGGUAAAGUCGAGCGAAGGGUUCCGUCUGCACAAGGGCGUCGUGAAGUACGCUCUCAACACACCGACCGUGAUCGAGUGCGAGCGGAUGUGCUACUCGGAGUCGCGGUUCCGGUGUCUCACGUUUAGCUACCGCUACUCGACGGUGUCGCGCGAAAACUGUCUCCUGUGCGAUCGACCGUUCAACCUGCUCGACUUCUACGCCGAUCUGGAGCCGGACCGUGACUACGACAUUUACUCGAUGAGUGACGAUGCGAAAACGUGUCACCCUGAACCGAGCCACCCGCGGCGGGACUACAAUGCACAGUGCUUCAUUCGGGUGAUCGAUUCGGCGCGGUUCUUCAAGUCGAUCGUCCGCGACUCGCUGACGGUGCGCUCGAUCGGCGAGUGUGAGCUGGAGUGCAUCAAGGCGUCCAAGUUCACGUGCCGCGCGUUCACGUACAGCUUCGGGCCGAACGCGAUCAACGCCGUGAUCGACAACUGCCAGCUGUCGGACUGGCCGGUGCGCGAUAUGGACAAGGACCGGCACCUGGUGCCGGACGAGAGCUUCGACGUGUUCGAGCGGGCCAGCUACGGGCAGGGCUGCGAGAUUCAGCCGAUCGUCGACGACAAGCACAACAAGAAGUUUUGCUAUCUGGGUUACGGAUCGCCGGCGAAGCUGCUUUCAUCGGCGAUCAAGAAGGUCACGUCGGUGAACACGGAGCUCGACUGCAAAAACGAGUGUAUCCGGCUGCGAGAGGCGACCCACUUCAAGUGUCUUUCGUUUAGCUUUGGCUCCCAAGCGUCGACGUACAACUGCGAGAUGUCGGAUCUGGACCAGAGCGAGCUGAAGCUGGGCGUGCACUACGCGCACACGACCGACCGUGACUUUUGGCUGUUCGCGUGGAACCCGUUCGACUACACGUGCCGCGAUAAGAUCACCACCAUUAGCGGUGGCACCCGGACGAACCACGACCGCCGGGUCGAUAUCUUCCGCGAACCGGGUGAUGGAAGUUGGCGUCAGUAUACCGUCACGGGCAAACCCUGCCGCUACGGUACCAAAUGCGAGCGAAACAAGAUCACAGGGUUUUACUCCUGCGAGCUAGAGGGUGGUGAGGUUGGUUCAUGGGAUUAUUGCUGUAAGGCCGACCACCCUUGCGGCUACUCGCGAGGGUUCGAGUAUCCAUGGUGCUUCGUGGGUGAUGCCCCAGAUCAGUGGCGCAAGUGCAGCGAUAAGUACUUUCCCAAGAAACAGCACGAUUCGCGUUAUCAAGACAAGAAUAAAAAGGGUGAAGUCUAUCAACCACCUCCGCAGCCGGGAGGACUGAAGCACCUGGACGAUGGCGUGACGGCACCGGCCCAACUCUGGCCCGUGACCUACCUGUACGAGAGCGGGCCCCCGAAUGCCACCGAGAUCAGCAAUAACGUGGUCGACUGCAAAAAGGAACAGUGCUAG